GAAAAACCAGUCUCCAAGUACUCCAAAAUACACACUUCAAGCUAACCGACUUACAGUGGGAGAGAGAUGUUGGAGAGAGUGCUUUCCGCGCGGAGAGGAGCUCACAUGGCGGACGAAGGCGAUGAACACGAAGGAGACGAAUCCAAAACCAAGAAGCAUCUUUCAAUUGCUAUCCGAAUCAGUAACUACUUCAUCCGAACAGGUUACCUAUGUCCCAUUCUCCUCCUCGCAACAGCCAUCCUCCUAAUCUCAUCCCUCUUCGUCCGCCCCCGUGAUCUGCUCUGUGUUUCCUCCAUAUCUUCCUUCGAUCGCCUCUCUCGCAAUCGCUUUUUUGGAUUGGAUGGCCUCGAAUCGGACUUCGGAUCCCUAGGCGUACCGUGGUGCAGAUCGAAAGAUGGAAAAACCGUGGAUUGGACAUCCAAGGAUCUGCUCCAAGGUCUAGAAGAGUUUGUACCAAUAUACGAAUCACGACCCAUCAAGAACAACAUGUAUGGGAUGGGUUUUGAUCACAGCUUUGGGCUCUGGUUUAUUGCACGAUGGCUGAAACCAGAUCUAAUGAUUGAGAGUGGAGCUUUCAAAGGACAUUCCACCUGGAUCUUGAGACAAGCAAUGCCAAACACCCGAAUUAUCUCAAUCACACCUCGCCACCCUGAAAAAUACCUUAAAAAGGGUCCUGCAUAUGUUGAUGGAAACUGCACAUACUUUGCUGGAAAAGACUUUGUUGAUUUUGGGAGUGUUGAUUGGAAGACUGUGAUGAAGAAACAUGGUGUAACUGAUCUGACUCGUGUUCUUAUAUUUUUUGAUGAUCAUCAAAAUGAAUUAAAAAGAUUAAAGCAAGCACUGAAAGCUGGCUUCUCAAAUCUUGUUUUUGAAGACAAUUACGAUACUGGAACUGGAGAUCAUUAUUCAUUGAGACAAAUAUGUGAUCAGUUCUACAUACAAGGAGGUGGGCAUAGUUGCUUUGAAGAUGGUGAUGAAGGUAGAGCAAGAACAAGAAGAAAGAAGUUUUGGGAAAAGGCAGUGGAUACUAAGGAACUAUGCGGACCAGGGGAAGUAUGGUGGGGAGUCAGAGGAUACAUGAGGGAUGAUUUUAAUCACAGCAAUAAGCCAAUAUCAUACACACAACAUUUUCAAAACAGCAGAUUUGUUGAAUCAAUACUUGAUGUUUAUUGGGAGCUUCCACCUGUAGCGGGUCCCUCGCUGACUCAUCAAACCAGAUAUGAUCCAGCUCGUGCACCGAGUCCCAUUGUUGAAGAUGGAAGAUUUGGGUUGUUUCAAAGGCUUGGGUUAUCAAGACUUGAGACUUCUGUAUUUAAUGGGUAUACUCAAAUGGUGUAUGUUCAGAUAUCCCCCAAAAAAUCAUAGUUUUGUGCUUUUGUUUUGGGUGGAUUUAUUUUUAAACAACCAGUUUAGUUAUGUUGUUUCUUGAUGACACUCUUAAUUCACUUGUUGCGAUC